AAGAGUUAGUGUGUAGUUUCUGGCUUCACAGACGCUGACUUCAUGCAGUGUGUUGAAUUACAGGGGUGUACGUUUUUAUGUUGCUGUAAAUGAGCGAGUGUGUGCGAGUUUCAUGUCUCGGUUUAAGAGAGGAGCAGUAGCUGACCCUCGGGCUGGGUUCAGACAGGACACACCACAAUGUCCGGUACCGUCGGGACUGCUGAAGAGCGCCAGGAAAAGCGGACAGCUCAACCUGUCCGGCCGCGGGCUCAGCGAAGUUCCUCAGAGUGUGUGGAGGAUAAACGUGGACCCUCCAGAAGAAGCUCAGCAGAAUGUGUCCUUCAGUGCAGCAGAGCGAUGGUGGGAGCAGACUGAUCUCACCAAACUCCUGCUCUCCUCCAACAAACUCCAGACAAUCUCCGAAGACAUCAAACUCUUGCCUGCACUAGUGGUUUUAGAUAUUCAUGACAACCAACUCACUACACUGCCAGCGUCUAUUGGAGAGCUGGAACAGUUACAGAAACUCAUCCUGAGUCAUAAUAAGUUGACAGAGCUGCCCACGGAGCUUUGGAGCCUGACAAACCUGCGAUGUCUCCAUCUGCAGCAGAACCUGCUCGAACAGCUGCCUGCAGACUUGGGCCAGUUGUGCCACUUGGAGGAUCUUGACAUUUCCAACAACAAAUUAAUGGCUGUACCAGACAGCCUGGCAGACCUCAGCAACCUCGUAAAACUGAAUCUGUCCUUCAACAAUCUGAAGAGCCUGCCGUCUGCAAUCAGCGGAAUGAAGAACUUGAGAAUGCUGGACUGCUCUCGAAAUCAGCUGGAGAGCGUGCCGCCUGUCCUGGCACAGAUGGCGUCUCUCGAGCAGCUGUACUUGAGGCACAACAAACUGCGCUUUCUCCCAGAGCUGCCCUCCUGCAAAACACUCAAGGAGCUUCACUGCGGGAAUAAUCAGAUUGAGGUAUUGGAGGCAGAUCAUCUAAAACACCUGAGUGCUCUGAGUGUUUUGGAGCUGAGAGAUAACAAGGUGAAGAGUCUUCCUGAGGAAAUAACUGUACUGCAAGGCCUGGAGCGCCUGGAUCUUACUAACAAUGACAUUAGCAGUGUGCCCUGUGGUCUUGGAACUUUGCCUAAUCUGAAGUCUCUGGCUCUGGAGGGCAAUCCUCUGAGGACGAUCCGCAGAGAUAUUCUGACUAAAGGCACCAGUGAACUCCUGAAAUAUCUUAGAAGUCGAAUACAAGAGCAGCCUGAUGGAAAAGCCAAAGAGGGGCCGAACACAGCGAUGACUCUCCCUAGCCAGGCCAAGAUUAAUGUGCAUGCCAUCAAAACACUGAAGACAUUAGACUACAGUGAAAAACAAGAGGCAUCUAUACCUGAUGAUGUGUUUGAUGCAGUCAAUAACAGUCCUGUUGCCAACGUGAACUUCAGCAAAAACCAGCUGACUGCUGUACCACCAAGGAUUGUGGAGCUGAGAGACACUCUAGCAGAUAUCAAUCUCGGAUGUAAUAAGAUUUCUACGAUUCCUCUUGAAUUUUCCAAGCUACAGCAGCUUGUACACAUAGACCUCAGAAAUAAUCUGUUGACAUCACUGCCAGUGGAGCUGGAAGCUCUCACCAAGCUGCGGAGCAUCAUACUGUCAUUUAAUAAAUUUAAGUGUUUCCCAGAUGUGCUGUACCGCAUCUUAACCCUGGAGACAAUUUUAAUAAGCAACAAUCAAGUUGGAGCCAUCGAUCCUGUGAGGCUUAAGCUGCUCGACAGGUUGUCCACUCUGGAUCUGCAGAACAAUGACAUCAUGCAGGUGCCACCAGAAUUGGGUAACUGUACCAGCCUGAGGGCUCUGUUGCUUGAUGGGAACCCUUUCCGUAACCCUAGAGCUGCGAUCGUAGCUAAAGGAACGGACGCGCUUCUCGAGUAUCUACGAAGUCGCAUUCCUACAUGAAUUUAUCGUCUUACAGGGUUGAGCUACCACCACUGCCACAUAAUUAAAGCACUAUCUAAUUCUGCAGACAAGACACAACACUUCUUUGCCAUAAAACUGGGUUUUUCUGAAUAUUUUUCAUGAAAUGUUCUUAGAGUAACUGUCAGCUUUUGUUCUCCUAAAGCCUCAUGGCCUUAAUGGGAAAGUUCCCAGAAAUCACAUGAUAUUUGUUUGAAAUUCUGCAGUGAUCUAGUGCACAUGCUCAUUCUUCUGCCUCUCUUUAUCAUCUCUCUUAUCAUCACCUUAUGCUUGCUGACCAAAUUUACACUAAACUGCGCUGCACUUGCAUUUAUUUUAUUCUUCGCCUGCAUGUCUAAGACUAGCAUGAAGACCAUGUGACAUGAUUAAACAGGCUGUGUGUUUGCUACAUUACAUUUCAACUUCCAGUUCCAUUUAAGACCUUUUAAGAGUUUUUUUUGGCCAAGAAUAUGUAUAAUAUUAAAAUACUUUUGAUGGGAAAGCCAGGUAUUCAUUGUGCAAUUGAUUAUUGUAUCCAGAAAAUCAAAAUUCUUAUUAAAUUGAUAAUUUGCAGUAGUUACCGCAUUUUCAGUGUAAAUUGUUCAAUAUGAAAGAGUAUAAAGCCAUUCAAGAACGUUUUAAUUUCAGUUGUACUGUCUCAAAAGGAAACAGAAUGACAGAUAGUAACAAUAGUGACUUUUUAUUUGUACAAUAAAGACUUUCAUACAUUAUUCAAAACACCGCUUAGAUACUGAAAAAAUCUGUACUCCCAAAGCCGAAAAUGGCUCCGUUAUUUGCUGCACAGCUUUGAAUUUUUUUUUUUCUGUUUUGGUUUUUAUUAUUAAAAUUUAUUUUAAAUAUGUACAUAUAGCAUCUGCAAAAUGCAUUCUAGACACAGAAUAUAUAUUUCAUCAAUUACAUUGUUUUAAUUCAGAAAAAAAUAGGAAGGAGUAAACUUGCGUGUGCAAAUAAACUGCAUGAUAAAUUGUCACUAAAUCUGUUUAACUAAAUGGAAUAAUUGUAUUAUUCUAUAUAUAAUUACUUUUUGCACAAAAAAUGAAACAGCAUUCAAGUCCAGUAAGUCUUCAUACUGCAGAAAGCUUUGAGUACAUUCACAAUUUAUAGGAAUAAAUUAAUUUAAAUGAUUUCAUUCACAGUUAUGUACAUCAAUACUGCAAUUAGACUGAAUAGUACCAUAUAUUAGCAUUUAUAUUCAAUAGGAUUUAAA